GCACCACAUGCUUACUCCCUUGGGCGUGUCAGUGUCUGUUGGAGUGUGUGAUAGUUACCGCGGUGUAAACGUGUGUCAGGCAGGUUCAAAAUUGUUCAAUUCAAGUAAACAUUUUCCCAUUUCAGAUUUUUUUCCAACCGAGAAAAGAGUUUCCUUUUAUUUUUUGAAAUGGUAUUCAGUUGGUAAUUCUAUUUUGACAAAGUAAGUGAAAAUAAGGUGAGAAAAUGAAGGCGAGCCUGCGAUUGGGAAUAUUAGUCAUUGUUUGUUAUGUAUUGGGCGUUGUCGGUCAAUUUGAAUGGCAGGACAGAGAUACGUACGAUGAGAUUCGAAAUAAAAUGGAUCGAGUUACUGGGGAGAAUUGUCAGAUUCAGCACCUGGGCGAUUUGUUUCUGCCCGGGGAUUCAGUUUCGCAUUUGCCCGACAUAAAGGAUUUGAACGUGAAUCCAGUAUUUCCCAACAGAACUGCACUGCUGCACCUGCACAACAUGGCCCUGAGCAGGUCCUACUUCUGGAGUUAUAUCCUCCAGUCGAGGUUCAUUCGACCGGCCAUCAAUGACACCUAUGACCCUGGCAUGAUGUACUAUUUACUGUCCACGGUGGCCGACGUCUCCGCCAAUCCGUACAUUAAUGCUUCUGCUAUUUAUUUCGCUCCCAACUCCUCGUACUCGCCUUCUUUUCGCGGGUUCUUCAACAAAACAAUGCCGAGAUUCGCGCCCAGGACUUUCAGGGAGGACGACUUCAACGACCCUGUCCAUUUGGAGAGACUCUCCACGAGGAACACCUUCAAAGUUCUAGAUCUUGGAGUGUUUCCCGCUGAUCGUAAAAGCUCUGACUAUACCACAGAUUAUUACAGAAUUAAUGAAUGGUUCAAAAGUUGGCUACCGGAUCCGAAUCUCAUUAAAAAACGACAUGACACGAAAACUACUUACCAGGUGGAAAUAAGAUACGCGAAUAACACUAACGAAACUUAUACUUUCCACGGACCACGAGGCGCGGAUGAAAUCCCUGGACCUGUUCACUUCACAAGACCCUAUUUCGACUGCGAGCGUUCUAAUCGUUGGCUUGUAGCCGCAGUUGUUCCCAUUGCUGAUAUCUACCCAAGGCACACAGGUUUCAGACACAUCGAGUACCCCACAUAUACAGCAGUUUCAGUGAUAGAAAUGGAUUUCGAUAGGAUAGACAUAAAUCAAUGUCCCAAGGGAGAUGGAAAUGAUGGUCCGAAUAGGUUUGCGAAUACAUCAAGGUGUAAAACGGAGACGACGGAGUGUGAACCUUUACACGGAUGGGGUUUUAGGAGAGGAGGAUAUCAGUGCAGAUGUAAACCGGGUUUCAGAUUACCCACGGUAGUCAGACGACCCUAUCUCGGAGAAAUAAUUGAGAGGGCAACACAAGAAGAAUAUUACAACAGUUUUGAGUGCUCUAAAAUAGGCUGGAUUCACAAAUUACCAGUACAGUGGGAACAUAUGCAACCGCACAUUCGAGAACGAUAUUUGGAUCGAUAUCGUGAGUACAAAGGUAACUCCACUUCCGGAGCAGGCAGCUUGGAGACUGAGAAAAUGAACAUUGACAAUGUUCUCAAGUUCAUUAAUAGUGUCAACGAUAAAACUUGCUUAAAAUAUACUCCGAAACAACUACAAUUGCGAGGUGAUAUUGCUUUUGGAGCGGAGGAAUAUUACGAGAAUCAAGCGAAAAUGGCAACGAGAUUGUCCAACUUUAUCAGUGCAUUCUUGCAAAUGUCCGAUCCCAAGGAGGUUUAUUCGGGGAAAAGAGUAGCGGACAAACCGCUCACCGAAGAUCAAAUGAUGGGUGAAACUUUGGCCCUAGUUCUCGGAGACACGAGAAUUUGGUCAGCGGGAAUGUACUGGGAUCGUAACAAAUUUACCAACAGAACUUUCUUUGCUCCUUUCGCCUAUAAAGAACUUCUGAAUACAAGAAAAUUCAAACUAGAAGAUUUGGCUAGGCUAAAUGACACAGAUGAUGUUUAUACUAAAAAGCCUUGGUUCCAAUUCUUGAAGCAAAGAUGGGCAACAAAUUACGACGAAUUGGAAAAGUUCUAUGUCAAAAUAAUGCUUAGGCAUAACGAAACUGGCGAUGAAUUGCCCAAGAAAUAUGAACGAUUUCCUGGUUUCUACAGCGCAGCAAACCUGAAUCACGGCCACUGGACAACUCCUUACUUUGAUUGUAACGGCAAAGUGAAGAAAUGGGUAAUUACCUAUGCAUCCCCAUUUUUUGGCUUCUUGGGCAGCUCGAAAAAGAACUUGGAAUUCAAGGGUGUCGUUGCUGUUACCAUGCAUUUGAAUGAUCUGGAUGUCAACCAGUGUGAUAAUAAAUAUUAUGUACCGAACGCUUUUAAAGGAACGCACAAGUGCGACAAGAAGACGUCCUAUUGCGUUCCAAUAUUGGGCAGACAUUUUGAAACUGGAGGUUAUAAAUGCGAAUGUAAGCAGGGAUUCGAGUAUCCGUUUGAGGAUCCAAUAACAUAUUUCGAUGGCCAAUUGGUUGAAUCGGAGUUUACGAAUCUCGUUCAAGACAGAGAAACUAGGUAUGACAUGUUCAAAUGUCGAGUAGCCGGUGCAUCGUCGAUAGAGGCCAGCUACUUGCUUCUAACGUUAAUCAUAGCCGCUCUCUAUUCUUUUCAAUGGAGGUAAAAUUAAUGCAAUUUUCUCUCAUCAUGUUGAGAAUUCAAGACGUUUUUCAAGAUCUUUGAGAUAUAUUUUUAAGAUCUCGUCACUGUAUUGACCAAAAAGAAAAUGCCGUCCAAACAUUUAGUUUAAGACCUUGUUUAAGGCAAGCAGCGCUAUAAUUUUCAAAAACAUUUUCUGAAAUUUAAACUUUGACUACAAACAAUGUAUUUCAGUUCGAUUAGUUGAAUAGAAUUUACAUUAAAAUUUCUAUGAGUUGAAAAAUGCGUUUGAAAAGGCAGUUUUAGAAAAAAUUCUACACAAAAUCUGAGACUAUAAGCAUUUAAAAUGCAUGACAAAAAUUGUAUUUCUUCAGUCUCCAAAACCUCUCUUUUGAAUGGGUUAUAAAAAUAUAAAAAUUUUUAAUUUCUAAAUAAAAAAAUUAGGAAUACCUUUUUAAGAAAAUGUUCUAUCAGCAGAGGCCGUGGCGUUGAUUGUCUUGUGCCUAGUCUUAAUAGAGAAAGAGUGAUUAAACUUAAAAAAAAAUUCAAAUGUAAAACACAAAUACCGUCCAGAAUGUGUUAAAUGAAAAAUUAAUGUUUAUAAUUCGUAAGGAAGCUUUUAAAUAUUUUAUACAUUGACUUUAUAUAAAUUAAUGCCAUGUCAGUUCAAGUCCCGUCCGAUUAGAAAAUAGGCGUUAUUAAACCAAGCAAAAUUUCUAAAAUGUUCUGGUCUAAAAAUACCAAAAAUAUUUGGUAUUUGAAUCUGAGUAAUAAUGAAUAUAUUUUAUCAAAAUUUUUAACUAAAUUAUAUUCGUAUUUUUUUAUCGAAACAUUUUAGAAAAUUUGUUUUUAUAAAUUUUAAUAUUUAGUCCAAAUGUUCAAAGUAUUAAAUAAUGUUCAUACCAUUAAUGUAAUAAUGUCUCCGUAACAAAUUUCUAAUACAUAUCAUUUUUAUGAUAAUAAUAAUAAAAAAAUUUAUUAAAUUUUGUACAAAGAAAUACUAUUAGGUAUUUUGCGCAGAGAAUUUUAUAUAUUAAAAAGAAUUGAUCGAUCUGUUAACUUAUACUCACUGAAAAAAUGAAUCUCAAAUUUUAAAAAACAUUUUAAGAAAAUGUUAUACAAUUUAAUGAUUACCUUUGCAUACUAGAAUAGUGUUUUUAGUCUAACGAUAUUGUUUUAAAAAGAACAAAAAUUGAAUGACACUGUAAGAAGAGUGUUGAGAUUUGUUUUAUAUAAAAUUUGUAUUUUAAAUUUUAAUACAGUUGUAAUUUUAGAUUUUAACAUUUUAAUGUGUAAAGACUGGAAUUAUUGAAAUGUACAAUUAAUUAAACAGUCUAGUAUGUUUGUUGAUGAGAAACAAACAUAAUAUUCCGUCCUAUACAACUAGAAAAAUUUGUGCCUUUACAUUGUACGUUGAAAAACGAGAAAAUUGAAAAUUUUUUAAAUUGUUUUAUCUACAAUGUAAGAAACGGAAAUUCCACUGCAAAAACUAUUUUAAUUUUUAUACACUUUUUUUCUAUGUAUUUUGUAUAUUAUACAUGAAUAAAAUAUUAAAAUUUUUUUAAUAAUAAAA